UCUCUCCUCCCCCUCAGCCCCACCCCUCCAGCUCUCUUCUCCACCCAUUCCCUCCCCCUCACUUCCUAAGUAUUUCCCAGGUGAGCCACACAAGGGUGUGGUUCACAAAAAAAACAAGAACGACUGCAGCUACCAGUAUUUUCACUUCUGACAGUCAAGGGAGCAGUUCAGCCAGGACACACUUUCAACACACCUUCCUCUUCUAAAUCUUCAAACGAGAGCCAUGGGGGGACUUCAGUGCAUCAAAUACCUUAUGUUUGCGUUCAACUUUCUCUUCUGGUUGGCAGGUACUGGAGUGCUGAGUGUGGGACUCUGGCUCCGUUUUGACAGCAGGACGGCAGGACUGUUCGAAGGAGAGGAGGCGCCCACAGUCUUCUUCACUGGUGUGUACAUCCUGAUCGCGGCGGGGGCUCUGAUGAUGGUCGUGGGCUUCCUGGGAUGCUGCGGAGCCAUCAAAGAGUCGCCGUGCAUGCUGGGACUGUUCUUCCUCUUCCUGCUCCUCAUCUUCGCUGUGGAAGUGGCUGCCGGGAUCUGGGGUCUCUCCAACAAGGACAGGGUGGUGGAGGAUGUUACGGAGUUUUAUAAACAGACUUACAACAACUACAAAGACACCAAACAAGAAGCACUGAAGGAGACCCUCCGCCUCAUCCACUUUGGACUGAACUGCUGCGGUCCGACAGGAACGGUGAUCGAUGCCGCCAGAGACAUCUGCCCCAAGAAGGAGGGACUGGAGGUCCUCAUCACCACGAGCUGUCCGGCUGCCAUCGACGAGAUGUUCAACAACAGGCUGCACAUCAUCGGCGGGGUCGGCAUCGGCAUCGGAGUCAUCAUGAUCUUUGGGAUGAUCUUCAGCAUGAUGCUCUGCUGUGCCAUUAAGAGGUCCCGGGACUUUGUCUGAACCAGCACAAAAAAAGAACCACAGCCGCACACCCACACACAGAGGAACCCCCUCCAUCUUUAACUCGUGUCAGUUUUACACUCGCUGCUUAUGUCAGUUUAGUAAUAACAACAGUCGUCUUAGUUUCCUGCUUGGCUCCAUACGGGAUGGCCACGUCAACCUGUGAGAGUAUGGCGCCUGCGCAGUGACGCCCCUUCAUGUUUUCCACUCUGUCUGCAGGGAGGUCGAAUUUGUUUCCAGAGUAAACCGAACGAAUGGGUGUAGUGUUUUUAGUCUGGUGCCCCGUAUAGUAAAGCCAAAUCCCACUUUUCAUCAAUGAGAACAGCUGCAGACAAAGAGAGACGUGUAUGGCUCUGCCGCCCCCUGGAGAACCCCGAGGAUCACUCCUGUUUUUUCCUUUCGGAUAAUAAUCCACUUCACUUCAGUUUAUGUGAAGAGUUUAAAGUUUGCCUGUGGUGACCUGUAAUCUAACAGGCUUUUUCAGCUAAAUGUAUUUUAUUGUGUGACUUAUGUUUUUAUUUUUGAAGUUGCAUGAGGGAAGCUUUUUUUAAAUUUUUUUUUUUAUAAAAAGCAGAAAUAUGGCGUUUUAUGCACAUAUUUUGAUGUAUGCAGUUCUGAUAUCUUUGCCAAAUAAAUUAACUAAUAAAUGCUGAUUUGUGUUAAA